AUGAGAGACGGGCGUGUUUUUUUCAUGGUCGAAUAUGUUUUGAGGGCACUUGACACCAUCGCGUCGCUUUCUCUGACUUUCCAAAAUUCCGAUAGUCUGGCAGUCGAUGCUAUGGAAAGUGGUCGCGCCGCGCAACGCAAGUUGAUAGAUGAGUCCGUAACUGAUUCCGUAAGUAAUCGUGUGGUAAAGGAGUUGACAAGGUACAGAAGUGUAGUGUACCUCUUUGACGGCAAACACCAAAAACGGUUGGAUAGAGAGUUUUUGAAGAAAUACUAUUCGCACUCGGAGGAUAGCUCACCUGAAGCUGAGACGAGUCAACAAUCGAAAAACUGGCAGCUGAUAUACCUGCCAACGCAUUUCAAAGAUUACAAGCCGAGAAACGAUGAUGAUUUAACAGAUGAAGAAAAAGCACUGAGAUCUGCGCUGAUAUCGCAAAAGAGCUUCAGGUUGUUGGAAGAAAGAACAAACGAUGAUGACUUUUUUGAAAAUGUCGACCCGGAGUCAGAAAGUUUAUAUUUUGGACAGGAGGAUUCCCCCGACAUGGUGCACGAGUCGGGGCUCAAUUUUGGCCUAGGGUCAAGCUAUCGCAGCUUCUUAUCGAUACUUGGUGACAAGAGCGUAUGGGAUGAGGCUCAAGCAAUGUUAACUGGCACAUAUGCUUCCAUCGGCAACAGGAUGCAAAGUUCAUCUAUUCCCGAUUAUAUGUUUGUUGCGGUUGACCGCCACAUAAUUCUCGAUAUCAUAGACUUUGAAGGACAAUUUCCAACAGCAUGGGAAAAAUACGCACCUCCGACUGCUACUUUCGAAAAUAGAGGCUUUGCACACUACAUUGGUUUUGGCGACGUAUACGACAUUGCCACGCGAAACAAAAUGUUCACUGAGUCAAUAGGAUGGUUGGAACACUACUGUGUGUCGCCCGGGCUCAAAGAACCGCUAUAUACUUUCUACUCGUUUUUGCACAACAGAGUUCAUGAUCUGCGGGAAUGGCCCCAGAAUCUACGAGAAGAUAAAACUUCUGGAAGGCUUUAUGAGAAG